CAUCUCGCCGAGCCCUCCACCACAACACCGUCGCCAUGGGUAGGGUUAUCAGGAACCAGCGUAAAGGCCGCGGCUCCAUAUUCACAGCCAACACCCGCUUGAACAAGGCACCGGCCCAGUUCCGCACUCUCGACUAUGCUGAGCGCAAUGGAUAUAUUCGAGGCGUUGUGAAGGAGAUUGUGCACGAUUCUGGCCGUGGCGCUCCUCUUGCGAGAGUCGUCUUCCGAAACCCAUACCGAUUCAAGCUCGAUACCCAGACCUUCAUUGCUAAUGAGGGCAUGUACACCGGCCAGUUCAUCUAUGCUGGAAAGCACGCCGCUCUCACCAUUGGCAACGUCCUCCCUCUCGCGUCUGUUCCUGAAGGUACCGUCCUCACCAACGUCGAAGACAAGUCCGGCGACCGUGGUGCGCUUGGCCGUACGUCCGGCAACUACGUGACUGUCAUUGGCCACAACUUCGACGACGGAAAGACACGUGUCAAGCUCCCGUCAGGUGCUAAGAAGGUCCUUCCUAACACUGCGCGUGGAAUGGUUGGUAUUGUUGCAGGGGGUGGACGAACAGACAAGCCGCUCCUCAAGGCCUCAAGAGCCAAGCAUAAAUUCGCCGCCAAGCGCAACAGCUGGCCCAGGACCCGUGGUGUAGCCAUGAACCCCGUCGACCAUCCCCACGGAGGCGGUAACCACCAGCAUAUCGGUAAAGCAUCCACCAUCUCGCGAGAAGCAGCACAAGGUCAAAAGGCCGGUCUUAUUGCAGCACGGAGGACGGGUCUGUUGCGCGGUACCCAGAAGACGAAGGAGUAGAAGUAGACAAGCAUGCCGAACAGGUCAUGGUGAUAUGUUACCAGAUGCCGUCGGGCAUUCUCAUAACUUUUUAUGUGGAUGGCGGGGCGUUAUGAUACAACUUCUUCCUGCUUGGGAGCAUGAUGAGGCCCGUGGGAACGAAAAAUCUCAUUACAUGCAUUUAGUCCGUACAAUGGAAGUGUGAAUUCACUCAAUGACAG